AUGACAGUCUCACUGAAAAGGCGGAACAAAGCCGCUCACUCCACCUCCUCUGACACUGUAACUCAGAACAAGACAGAAACGAAUACUGUGAAUAAAUCCACAAGCAAGAGCAAACAGAACGACAGAGAAAAAAAUAAUUCAAAUAUCCAUGAAAGACACAGAGGGACUACAAGUCCAAUAUGGUCUGUAUUAUGGGCACUGAACGUUGUGUUGGGAGUGGGUGCCAUUGUGGCAGCAGGCGGCUUGCACGCUUGGUAUAUGUACCAGCUUCACGAGAACCAGUUAUGGUUCUCACAUAUUCAGGAGAUUGAGAGAGAGAUUUCAUUUCGCACAGAAUCUGGCUUGUACUACUCAUUCUACAAAUAUCUGGUAAACUCUCCUGAUUUUUUGAAAGAUAUACAGAGGCUGACGGUGAAUGAGUCGACACAGCACCCUGAAGCAAUAAAUAUUCUAGCCAGGAUGAAUAUCUAUCAAGAGGUUAUACUGGCCACACUCUACAGACAAUUUGGGAUAUCAUUGCAGCCGAUUUUCUUUUACAUCUAUUCCAUAUUCUGUCUCAACGGUGUUUUGGUGUCUGCUCUAUGUUUACUGACCUGGUUACUGAGUAAAUCCUGGAUGGCUGGCAUCCUCUCUGCUGCUUUUUAUAUGUUCAACAGGCUGGAUACCACCCGUGUAGACAGUUCUGUUCCUCUGAGGGAGAACUUUGCACUUCCUUUCCUGUGGAUACAAGCAGCAGGCAUUGCUAUGUACUUCAAGCCUAGAGUCAGGGGCAUCUUGGAGAGCUGCUGUCAGAUGAUAAUAUUCCUGAGUACACUGUUAUUCUGCUGUUUCUGGCAAUUCAGCCAGUUCAUUAUGCUGCUGCAAGGAUUCUCAUUGUUUGCUGUCUGGGUGCUGGGAUUGGUCCCCACCGUCAAG